CAGACGGCGCCGCUCGGCGGGGCGGCCGCUACCACUGACACGCCGGGGGAGGGGGGGUCCCUGCAGCACUUCCGGCGGCUCCACGCCCUUCCAGGCCCCGUAGCCCAGGUCCCGGGAGUACCCCAGCCCUCCCAGGUCUCCACAGCCCAGUCCUCAAGGAGCACCCAGCCCUGCCAGACCCCCCCAGCCCAAUCCCUGGAAGCUCCCCAGCCCUGCCAGGUCCCCCCAUCCUGGGAGCGCCCCAGCCCUGCCAGGUACCCCCAUCCCAGGAGCGCCCCAGCCCUGCCAGGUCCCCACAGCCCAGUCCCCAAGGAGCACCCCAGCCCUGCUAGGUCCCCCCAGCCCAAUCCUUGGAAGCUCCCCAGCCCUGCCAGGUCCCCCCAUCCCGGGAGCACCCCAGCCCUGCCAGGUCCCCCCAGCCCAAUCCCUGGAAGCUCCCCAGCCCUGCCAGGUACCCCCAGUCCAGUCCCUGGGAGCUCCCCAGCCCUGCCACAUUCCCCCAUCCCAGUCCCCAGGGAGCGUCCCAGCCCUGUCAGGUCCCCAGGGAGCACUCCAGCACCACCAGGUCCCCCCAAUCCCAGUACCUGAGAAGCCCCCCCAGCCCUGCCAGGUCCCCCCAUCUUGGUCCCCAGCGAGCGCCCCAGCUCUGCCAGGGCCCCGGGAGUGUGUGCGUCCCAAGAUCAGAAUGCUCAGCAGCUUGGGCCCUUGGGCACUGUGCCCGGGGCAGUGGUGCUCUGGCCUCCCUCUGGCUCUUGCUCUUCUUCCCCAGAUGAGGAGGGUGAGGAAGAGGAGGAGCAGGAUGAUGACCCUGAUGGCACCUACGACCUCAUGUCGCGGCUGGUUCGCAACCAGAUGCCCUAUUUCAUCUGGACUAACCGGCGAGAUGCAAUCGACUGCCGCUUCCUGCGCAAGGAGCAGGUGAUGAACCACUACGCCAAGGCGGGCUCCUUCACCACCAAGGUGGGGCUGUGUGUGAACCUGCGGAACCUGCCUUGGUUCGACCAGGCCGAUGCCGACACCUUCUUCCCCCGCUGCUACCGGCUGGGUGCUGAGGAUGAGAAGCAUGCCUUCAUCGAGGAUUUCUGGCUCACUGCUGCCCGGAGCAUCCUCAAAGUGGUGGUGAAAAGGUACUGGAGCUCAGCUGCCCGUGGGGCUGGGGCCGCGGCGGCUCCCGGUGCACAGGGGCCCAUGAAGGCCGGCGAGUCCGCAGAGUCCCCGAGAGGGACUGGCAGGAAGAAGGGCAGCCCCCUGCCACCGCAGCUCAUCGAGACGGCCCUGCAGGCCUGUGAGGAGCACCUGAGCAGCCUGACGCACCAGGAUAUCGACAGGGAGCCCGAGUCCCCUCUGUGCAUGAUGGGGGCCCGCCGGGGGGACUUCCUGCACGCCUACUACCAAGUGAUUCACGAAGGGGCACUCCUGGACCAGCUGGGCUCCCAUGUUGAACGGUGCGAGCACGUUCUGCAGCGCCUGGCCGAGGUGCUCCCACAGCUGGAGAUGGAGGGGGACUGCAAUAUCUGGAUUGUGAAGCCAGGUGCCAAGUCACGGGGCAGAGGAAUCAUCUGCAUGGACCGCCUGGAGGAGAUGCUGAAGCUGGUGGAUUGUGACCCUAUGAUUGUGAAGGAUGGCAAGUGGGUGGUGCAGAAAUACAUCGAGAGACCCCUGCUCAUCCAUGGCACCAAGUUCGACCUGCGGCAAUGGUUCCUGGUGACGGACUGGAACCCACUCACCAUCUGGUUCUACCGAGACAGCUACCUCCGCUUCUGCACGCAGCCCUUCUCCCUGCACAACCUGGCCACUUCCAUCCACCUGUGCAAUAACUCCAUCCAGCGGCACUACGAGAACUCGCUGAGCCGCCACCCCCAGCUGCCCCCGGAGAACAUGUGGUCAUCGCAGCAGUUCCAGGCCCACCUGCAGCAGGCGGGGGCGGAAGGCGCCUGGCAAGAGGUGAUUGUCCCAGGCAUGAAGGCAGCCAUCAUCCACACCAUGCAGACCUCCCAGGAUGUGGUGGAGUUCCGCAAGGGCAGCUUUGAGCUAUACGGGGCAGACUUCAUGUUUGGGGAGAACUGCCAGCCCUGGCUGAUUGAGAUCAACGCCAGCCCCACCAUGGCGCCAUCCACGGCUGUGACCAGCCGGCUGUGCGCCAGCGUUCAGGAGGACACGCUCCGUGUGGUCAUUGACCACAAGCAUGACCGCAGCUGCCACACGGGGGCCUUUGAGCUCAUCUACAAGCAGGUGGCUGUCGACGUGCCCCAAUACGUAGGCAUAAGCCUUUUGGUGGAGGGAUCCACUGUCAAAAAACCACGGCCUCCAAACCACAGACUUUCCCCCAGUGCCAGCCCCAGCGUGCCCAGCUGCCCGCAGCACUCCCCUCGUGGGCCCAGGCCCUUGGUGCCAGUCAGCGGCAAGGAGAACAGAGCCAGGGAGCUGGGGGCCACCAACAGGGCCUCUGCUGCAGCUGGCACCCGCCUGAAGCUGCCCAGCAAGGUGCGAGCAGAGCCAGGCAAGAAGAGGCUGCUGGAGCUGCACAGCACAGCCAUCUCCCCACUGGGGGACAAGCUGGUGCCGCUGGGCCAGCCCAGGCUCUGUCCCAAGUGCAGCUCCCAGGUGCCAGGCCCCAACCCCAGGGCACCCCCACAGCUCCAGCUCAGCAAGGCCAAUGGCCCGAAGGGGCAGCUGCACAUGCGGGACUUGCGCACCUUCCAGCUGGGCUGUGGGCACGCGGCUGCCCCUACUCGCCCCCCUGCCUGCUCUCCAGGGAAACCCAGUGUGCCAGAGCGCCAGUGGGGACAUGCUCAGGCUGCGCUGCGGGGGCGGCCCCCAGCCCCUCCUGCCAGGCCUGGCCAGCAGUGCGCCAGGGGCUGGCUACACAGGGCCCCCCACCCAGCCUCUGCCCCUGAGCUCGGGGCCUUGUACACGGCCGCGGGCAGGAGAAGGAAGCAGAAAAGAGACAGGAUGUGCAGGUGAUGGAGGGAGCUGCCCCUGGGGCUGCUGGCAGCAGCGAGGGAGUCAUGUCAGGGGCUGGUGCCCUCCAAUAAAGGGAUCAAGAGAAGGAGCUGGAGUUCGUGAUGUGGGCAGGAAAUGCAGCCUGGCACUGCCUUCACCCAAGGGGCGGCUGGCAGGGCUAGGGCCUGGGGGAGGGGUCCCUGGGGCCAGCUGCAGGCAGCACAGGUCCCACAUCUCAAAUCAGCCCCAGCCCAGGGGAGAGCCCCCUUUCCCCUUGCCUUUGGCACACAGGGUUGCUGCUUGGUUUCCCUGGCCUGUCUCCCCUUCCCAGCUCCAGAGCUAGUGCAGCACUCUCCCCUGUGCUGGGGGGCGGAGGGCAGAGCUGGGCACCACCCUGGACAGAGGGCUGGGAGCUAGGCACUACCCUGGGCUGGGUUAUGGCAUGGAGCUAGCACUGCCCUGGCAGAGGCAGUGAACAGGCCCUGAGGCGACAGGCUCCAGGGCAUAGGAUAGGGAGGAAGGCCUGUGGUCCAGCUGAACAGGGCUAGGCCCUGGUGUGGGGUGGGGUGGGGGAGACACGGACUGGCCAGACCCAGCCAGUGCCCCGCAGUUUGGGCCUUGCCCCUGCCUAUUUCUCUUUCCUUCCCAGCCCCCCCGAGAUGCACAGGCUCCCAGGCCUCUGCUGCCGUGCUGGAAACCCCUGGGUGGGUUUGCACCUGCUCAGUGGCUGGCCCCACCCUGGCAGCAAGGUAGCCACGUCCAGCAGUGAACCCGAGUGUUCAGGGCAUGGCCCUCUGCCCUCCUCACCUGUUCUGAGGCCAGGAGGACUGGCCUCAGCUGGGGCCCCACAGCAGCAAGGGGCACUAGGAGUUGUCCCAUUCUGUUGGACUGGGCCUGUGAAACCAUCCUGUGGGGGACUGGGAGCACGUCUGAGGGCACCUGGCACUGCAGAAGGCAGAGGAGCCCCCCCCAGCAACCCCACCCAGAGAGUGGAGAGGGAGCAGGGCUGAGAAGGAGCAGAGUGGGGGGAGGAUGCCGAGACUAUGGCGUAAGCAGCCGGGGUGGGCUGGAUGUGGUUUCCAUCAUAUCCAGGGUUUGCCGUUUGGCUCCACAGGUCAGGGCCCCUGCAAGCAGCCAGCCUGACACUGGUGGGAGGGGAACAUGGUACAUCACAGCAUGGAGUGCAGUGGAGACAGGCCAGGACCUGCCCCGCUCCCUUCACUGCAAGCUGCUCCCUAAGGCAGUUCACCCUGCCCCCCAUGAGCAACCCCUUGUUUUCACUGCAUUGGGACCAGCUGCAGGCUGGGCUCUCUGCCCCCAUGCUGGACCAGACCGCUUCACAACACUGCAGUGAGGCAGUGGGAACGCAGAGCACAGGACUCACACACCCUGAGCACACCCCAGGCUGUUCGGAGGGGCCACCCUACCAGACCCUGUGUGUUCAGCUUCCCUUUGUCUCAGUGGGCUGCAGCGCCCUCACCUCAGUGGCACAGACUCUGCCAGUGCCCCCAGGCCAGGGCUGAGCCCCCAAACUGCCCACUAGGCACUCGGGGCUGCAGCUCACCUCUUUGGUGCACUCCAGCAAGAGCAGCCAGCCAACAGUUCCAAACCCACUCACUCUUAGCUACCCCCAAAAUAAAACCCUGCCCCGAGCCCCUGCCUCAUUCCCCACCCUUCUGGAGUGGCCAAGACCUCCUGCAGCUCCUGCCUGCUGUGAAUCAU